AUGAAAAACUACUUGGUGAUACAGACGAAUUACUAACAGAAACAGAUACUCUCAACCUAGCUAUACAACAAAAUUUAUUAAAACAAGAAGUAUAUACAAUAACUCAAGAAGUGACCCCAAAGAUAGGACCUUUAACCCCAAGUCAAGGAGCUCAAUUUCGCUAA